AACGCAUACCGUUCGUGGCAGCACUGUCGCUUUUUUGGUGUUUUUGGGAAUUUUGCUUGGAUAAAUUUUCUCUUUUUCACUGGGAAAAAUCACCUCGAUUGCCGUGAAUUUGUUGUGUUGCGAAGCAUGGACUGAUGGUGAAUUGUGUUGCGUACACUUGAACAGCUCACGUGUGUCGAGAAACGAGAAAAAGGAUGAUUAUUCAGGAACCAAUUCAGGCAGCCAUUUGGCAUUGUUUAAACCACUACGCCUUCCGGGAUGCCACUUUCCUCGCUGAGAAACUCUGCUCAGAAGUGGAAACGGAGGAGUCUAUCUUUCUUCUGGCCACUUGCUACUACCGUUCCGGACAGGUACAUCAAGCAUUCUGGUUGCUACAGUCCAAGGGCGCACGGACACCCCAGUCACGCUUCCUCCUCGCCAAAUGCGCCAUCGAGCUCAACCAGAUUCACGCUGCGGAAUCUGCGCUAUCAAAUGAGGAUUUCACAAAGCAAAAGACCCUGGAUGACAUUUGCAAGGAUUUCGGUGAGAUUGCCUGUUUUGCGUUGCAGCUCAUUGCGAAGAUUUGCACAAAAACAGAGAGAUCGGCCCUCGCUUCGGAGGCCCUUUUGCGCUCCCUGAAGCUGAAUCCGUUCCUUUGGCACUCAUUUGCGGAUCUGUGCGAUCGCGGGGAGAAACCCGAUCCGAAUGCAAUCUUCCAGUUCAGCAGUACCGACAUCUUUGCAACGUGCCACAGCCAGACGACGAAUAAUUGUGUGCUUAUGGGGCCGGAUGUGGGUGGGACACCCCUACUCAAUACAACCUGCAACAAUUCCAGCAUCCUGGCCACACCUGUGGAUCAGUGCAUUGUCGUACAGCAGCAGGGUGGACUGAUUGUACCGAAGGUGCUCACAUUGGAGGAAACCCCACGCGGGACACCAUUCACGGAUAGUCUGAGCAGUAGUGGCGUUGGCAUUGGGAUGGACAUUGAGACCCCAAUGAAGAAGCAAUUCAAGUAUUUGUCAUCAAUUAGUCCCAUCACGCCAAGCUUCGGGGUACUGCCACUGCAUAGUCCGACCGAUGGAACGGCGGCACCGGGUGUGACGACGCCGGGGCAGACGCUGGCGGAGGUGAAUGAUCAAAAGGGAAGCGGGAAGAAGAGUAAAAAUUCAGGGCAGUGUGUUAUUAAUCGCAAAGAGGGGCCACUGCAGCAAGCAAAGCCGAUGCUCAACAAUCAAACAGGCAACUACCCAACGAGACCACAGCAAACCCCAGGAAUCACAGGUCAGAGUGUACGGAGGAGCUCACGGCUCUUCAGUAGUAGCUACUCAGUGAAGGAGAAUAGUAAAAGUAGUCAGAAUAUCAACAAAUUCGCCACACCGCGUUCCCCAUCGCGAAAGGCAAAACAACAGAGGAUAUCAAUUAUAAAUUCCUCGUUGAAUGAUCACUUGAGUGGGAGUGAGAAGAAGAUGGAGAAGGAGAAGGUGGAGACGGUGACAUCGGCAGCCGAUACGAAAGUUCUCCUCAAUAAUAGCAUAAAUGCUGCUCAGAGUCUCAAUCAGCAGGUGCUGGCAAUGAAGCGUCAGAGUGCUGAGGGGUUGCUGCAGCUACUGCGGCAACUGGGUCAGGGGUAUUUGCAAUUGAGUCAGUACAAUACACGGGAGGCCAUUGAGGCAUUUGCUAGUGUACCACCGCAGCACUACAGUAGUAGCUGGGUGCAGAGUAUGACAGCACUGGCGUGCCAUGAGCAGCGAGACUAUGAGAGAGCCACAAAGAUUUUCAAGGAGAUUCACGAGAGGGAACCACAUCGACUGCACCUCAUGGAGAUCUACAGUACAGCCCUGUGGGCACUUCAGCGUGAAGUGUCGCUGUCGGCAUUGGCGCAGGAUCUCAUGGGGCAGGAUAAGAAUAGCCCAAUUCCCUGGUGUGUGGCGGGGAAUUGUUUUUCACUGCACAAAGAGCAUGAGAUUGCGAUAAAAUUCUUCGAGAGGGCUGUUCAGGUGGAUCCGGAGUUUGUUUACUCCUACACACUGCUGGGGCAUGAAUUUGUCAUUACGGAGGAACUGGAGAAGGCCAUGUCGAGCUUCCGGACGGCAAUUGUGAAGAAUCAUCGGCACUACAAUGCGUGGUUUGGCAUUGGGACGAUCUACUCGAAGCAGGAGCGGUAUAGUCUGGCGGAAAUUCACUACCAGCGUGCAUUGAAGAUAAAUCCGCGGAAUUCCGUUGUGAUGGUGCAUAUUGGCGUUGCCCAGGGGUACCUGGGGCAGAAUGAUAGGGCCAUGCAGACCUUCAAUCAGGCCAUGAAGUUCGAUGCCAAAGAUCCCCUUUGUAAAUUCCACCGGGCAACGAUGCUGUUCAAAAUGGGCCAAUAUGAGGAGGCAUUGCGUGAGCUGGAACAGCUGAAGGAGCUCGUACCCAAGGAGAGUGUUGUCUACUACUUGAUUGGGAAGAUUCACAAGAAAUUGGGGAAUGGGGAUUUGGCACUAAUGCACUUCAAUUGGGCCACGGAUCUCGAUCCGAAGGGUGCCAAUAAUCAAGUUCGGGAAACAUUCGAUGCAUCAUGCAGUGUUGUCCGUGCUGCAGCCUCCGCCAGUACCACACCAAGUGUCAAUCCAUCCGGAAGUGCCCUCGAGAGUGGGGUGAAUGAUCAGGAGCCAGCUUCGGAGAGGAGUGACGAUUCAACGCAGCUACGGACAGCUGAGCCUGAGCUACACAGUAAUCCCUACGAUAGCGAUAGUUUCUGAUAUGUGAUAUUGUGAGAAAUUUAUUGUAAUGUGUGGAUUUGUGCGAAGGAAUCAGGAGCAGGAAGAAGCAGCAGGAUAACACGAAAACAAUUUGCCAGCAGACGCCAUAGAUCCAGCCUCCCUGAAAUGCAGGUCCCCCCGCCCCCAAGAAUAUUGGAGACAUCAACAACAAAAAAUAUUUUUACUCGAAAGCAAGGAAGGAGAAAAAAAUUCUUAUUUAUCGAAACUCAAUUUUUUUUUAAAUUUAGGAAAAGAAUAAAUUUUUGUAGAUUCUGUUUUUUCUAAGUUACAUCAUUAUUCUUUUUUUGUGUUUACAAACAAUUUUCCUUUUUAAAGAGAAAAAAAAUUCCAAAAGAGUGGCCUGCCAAUAAAAAUGAUCAUGAAAAAUCACAAA